CGCGCGCGGGGCGGGAGGGCGCGUGCGCACUGGCAGCGGGGCUCGGCGGGCGCAGCUCUGGAGGCGCCGGCCGCGGUGCGGUCGUUUUUAUACCUUCCCGCGCGGACGCCGGCGCCGCCAACGGAAGGGCGGGGCGGCGCGUGAUUAGGCGGCGAAGGCCCCGGCGCCAUGAAGGUGAAGAUUAAGUGCUGGAACGGUGUGGCCACUUGGCUCUGGGUGGCCAAUGACGAGAACUGUGGGAUCUGCAGGAUGGCGUUCAAUGGCUGCUGUCCCGACUGUAAGGUGCCUGGCGAUGACUGCCCGCUAGUGUGGGGCCAGUGCUCACACUGCUUCCACAUGCACUGCAUUCUCAAGUGGCUCAACGCACAGCAGGUGCAGCAGCACUGCCCCAUGUGCCGACAGGAGUGGAAGUUCAAGGAGUGAGGCGCCCAUGCUGCAUCUGGAGCCCCUUUCCCCCAGUGCCAUGCCUGGGCUUAGCCCUCUUACCCAAGAUGGCCUCUGAGUCCCCUCUUCACAGUGGAGCCUGAUGGCCAUGGUCUGGGGACAGUCCUUGGGCUGUGACAGGGUUGAAACAAGGACUGGAACCUGUUAUUUUCCAUCACAAUGCUGAUGCUUUUAUUCAAUAAGUAAAACUCAUUAAAGUACCUGAGCCUUGC